CGCUCCGGGAAGGCGCGUGGCGGGGGGGCCCAACUGCCGGUGUUCGCCGAUCUCAGGUAAGCGAAGGUUUCGAAGCUGCGACGUCGGGUUUUUCCCCCUCUCGCCCGUUGCGUAUAAAUCUUAGCUCUCCGCAUUUCCCCCCUCGAAUAUUCUUCCUUUCUCUCUCUUGAUUCGAUCUCUUCUCCUUCUUCUCUACUCCUCCGCCGCUCCCCUCGCCGGCCGCCGAUCUUCGGGCCCGCCGCCUGCCGCCUGCCGCCGGACCACGCCAUGCGCGCUCGUCUGGCCCCCUCCGUCGAGCUCCCGAUCCCUGCUCGCGCCGCUCGAUCGCGCCGUCCGCCCGCGCAUCGCUCCGCCGGAGCUCGUCCCGCUCUCAAGAUACAUAAUAAAACUUUCCAGAGGCUUGGUUGUCGUCUGCGGCAGAGUCCCAUUUCGUGCAGGGCAUUCGAUGAGGACUCGAUUGAUAUUCCAUCCCUUGAUGAUUGGGGUGGCAGUGAGGGUACCAGUGGCUAUAUGAUUUCAUCCAGUGAUGGUGAAGACAGUGACAGUGAAAUGAUAUUAAAUCCGAGCAAUGACAUGGAUGUGCCGAAGUAUAAAGUAUCGACGAAUGAUGCAUUAACAAUUACUGCUCAUAGAUUUGCACUGAUUGGCAGGCGCCGGAGGAAACGCAGGAUCAAACAUGGGAUUUUGAACAACAUGGGUUUGAUUACUUUCAUGACGACCUUCAUUUUACUCUUGGAUUGGUGUGCUUGGCGGAUCGUCAGAUUACCGCUGCCGCAAUUUCACUUGACCCGCCCUUUUUUCAUGUCGGCUGUUAUAGCGUCCUGUAUAGGCUACAUAUUUGUUCCCUUACUUGACAGUUUUAAUAUUUACCAAAUCCUCCGUAAGGAAGGGCCUGUGAAACACUAUUUGAAAAAGAGAGCCCCCACAAUGGGUGGAUUGUUUUUCGUGCCCGUUGGUAUAGCCGUUGCACAGGCCAUAGCUGGUUUUUCUUCAACUGAAGUUACUGCAGCUAAUGUGGCAACUCUGGCAUUUGCUGCAAUUGGGUUUAUAGAUGAUAACUUAACCCUUGUCAAGAAUCGAAAUCAUGGUUUAUCUGCCUGGUCGAAAUUGUUGUUAGAGGUUGUUGUAGCGACAAGUUUCGCUUUGUGGCUGGAUUGCACAAGGAUAUCAUCACCUUAUGGCAUGAAAAAGUUGGUUCCUCUACCAGCACCAUUGGGCAUUGUAUGCCUGGGAAAGUUUUAUUCUUUGUUGACUUCAUUUUGCUUCGUGUCUAUGGGAAAUGGGAUUGAUCUAACUGAAGGUCUGGAUGGAUUGGCGGGAGGGGUUUCUGCACUGGCUUUUAUAGCAAUGUCAGUUGUGGUGCUUCCAAUAUGUCCUGACCUUUCUAUCUUUGGUGCAUCAAUGGCUGGAGCCUGUGUUGGUUUUCUUUUGCAUAAUCGGUACAAAGCAUCUGUCUUCAUGGGUGAUACUGGAUCUCUAGCACUUGGUGGAGCACUAGCUGCAAUGGCAGCCUGUACAGGAAUGUUCCUUCCGUUGUUCAUUUCAUCUGGGGUUUUCGUUGUUGAAGCAUUCUUUGUAAUUUUGCAGGUAUCACAAUUCGAAGCCACCAAGUACUUGCGUGGAUAUGGGGAUCGCAUUUUUCAGAUGGCACCCCUUCACCAUCAUCUUGAAUUACGUGGUUUCAAAAAACCAAUAAUUGUAGCCGGGGCAUACCUUUUAUCUUCUGUGUUAUCCUUGUUCGCUGGGUAUGUGGGCCUUAUAUCCGCAUAAUUUUUUCAAAGCAAAUUAUCGUUUCAUUUAUAGGAACAUUUACUUGGAUACAAAUUCCUUUGUUGUUUUUUUUUUUUUCUGUUUUCUCCGGCCAAAACUUCAUACCAAGUUAACAGAUGGUAGAAUGACUUUCCUGAGCUCGGUGGUCAUGUUCUAUUCUGCAUACGAAUUGCGAUAAAAGAAUCUCUUCUAUUUA